GUCAAUCAUACAAGAGUAUCAAGAGUUAUGCUCAUCAAGCUCAAGAGUAUAUAAGUGUUCUCUAUACCGGCACCAACAGGUGACAGCUUUCAAGUUAACCGAUACCCUCAGGAUGAUUAUUUUAGCUGUGAUUCUCACUUUGUUGGCUAUAACAGAAGAGGCAAGCAGUUUGAAUGAUAACAUUGCCCUGGGUGGAAAAGUUCAGCAGUCCUCUUUGUAUCCGAAGGGCUUUCCCCAAAGGGCCAUUGAUGGAAAUCGUGCGAGCAAUUGGCGACAGAACUCUUGUAGUCACACAAAGAGAGAUAUGAAUCCAUGGUGGAGACUGGACCUCCAGAAAACAUACAAAAUAAACACUGUUAUUAUUACAAACAGAAGGGAUUGUUGUCAUAAACGGAUUAAUGAGGCUGAGCUCCGCAUUGGAGACUCCCUUGAUGACAAUGGCAAUGCUAAUCCCAGAUGCACUGUGAUCUUAUCAAUCUCAGCUGGCCAAUCCAAAACUUUUGAGUGCAAUGGAAUGGAAGGCCGCUAUGUAAACAUUGUGAUUCCUGGAAGACAAGAAUACCUGACACUGUGUGAAGUGGAAGUUUAUGGUGAAGAAGCCAAUGAGAAUGUCAGUGAUACCUGCAACUGAAUCUGGAGCAUUGCACAAGUCAAUUAUCAUUCAGAGUAAAAUUCUUGAUAAUUAAUUAAUCAAUCCUCUUUUUCAUACUUUUCACGCUUUAAGUACUAUCAUCUUUAUGAGGACCAGGACCUAACACAGCAAUAACUAAAUAAAAUACUGCACUCUAACUGUUAUACCUUUAACACUUAAUGCUGAGAUUCGACAAAUAAAGCAUUCUUAAAAAUAA